AUGGCUUUCCACCAGCCCACCACACGGCAUGCCCUGCAAAGGGUUGUGCGCGCCGCCCCCGAGGACGCAGCCACGGCGGCGGUGAUAGAAACAUCAUCACCACUCGAAGAAUCACAGACCUGGGUUCUCUUCUCCCCUGCUACUGACACGGCUACAACGACGUCGUACAUCAGCUCGGUCCACGACUCGCAACAGACGGCGGGCCGGUCGCGCAUCAGCGAUCUCGGCAGCCUCAACACUCUACCCCGGUCCGAUGUCCACUCCCACGCUGGCGAGUUGGCAGCGGAGCCUAUGGAGGAGGAUGCCGGCGACGAGGACGCAGAACUAGACAGCCUCGACAGCCACCUCCCGGACUUCCGGUCCGUGCCGCACUCCCAGCACCACCAGGUUCACGCAUCGGCUACGGUGCUGCCCAGGCACGACGGCCUGGGCUCUUUCAGGUUAGACACGGCGGGGAUCGCGACAGAUAUGCAAGAGCAUAUGUACGCAUUCGAGCGGUACAACCCCCAGCGCAAGCCAGGACACGAUGCGGGCAUCAACCUGGCGGAGCUGGAGCUGGAGAUGGACCAGGACCGCAUCCAGCAGAUGGAGCGGAUCCAGAGGAUCGAGGCUUGGAGGUUAGAGCAGAGCAAGCUGCUGCUGGACGAGAUCCAGAAGCAGACACGACGUAGGCGCCAGCAGACGGCAGGCUCGGUGCGGGAGUCUCGGUCCGACAGUACGGUGACGGAGGCCGUCAUGACACCAGCGCCGACAGACGACACGAUGCAAGGCACGGAGUGGCAUGACCAGGAUGCCCCGCAUGAUUUAGGGGUCGAAGAGGGACUGUGGUCUCGUAUUACGCGCAAGUUGAUCCGCGACAUCAUGGGCAUUGACGACCGCAUGCUAGGCAUUCUGUUUGGCGAAGAGCUGGUGGUUGAAGAUGACCUUUCCUCCACGCCAAAGGCCUCGGAGCUCUCCGCGGGAAACAACAGAAACCAUUCAGAUCCGAUGUGGCAGCUGCGCAUGCUGGAACGAGCCUCGCAAGAGCUUGGCAUGCUAGUGCACCAGAUGUCUGCACACCCUGGCGCCUUCUCGACGUAUAUGCGGGUACAACAGAUGCCUCUGCCAUACGCGGGCUUGCCCGUCAUCCCGGAGACUACCGUGGAGGCAGAUGAGCCGGCCGCGAGGACCAUGGGCGAGAGCGCAGCAACGACAGCGUCGCCUCAGUUCCACCCCACGAUCGGCAAGGCCGCACAGGCUAUGAACAUACCUGGCCGCCGCGAGGCUGCAUCGGCGGCCACCUCGGCCCACGUGCCCGGCAACUUCACCCAGCACGAGUGGGAACAGGAGCUGGACAUCAAGCUGGUGUUUAGGCAGCCCCGUCGCGGCGAUGCACCACCACCACCUCCACUACCACCACCACCACCACCACAGGCACGCGUCGAGCUGCGCGAGCCAGAGCACACGGCGGUCGGCGGCGACGAGGAGGAGCAGCCUGUCUGGGUCGCGGCACUCGUCGCACCACUACUGGGAUAUCGGGGGGUCGAUCGGGACGGGGUCGAUGAUUACGGUUCGAGACACGGGAACCAUCUCUGUGAGCUUAUCCUGGCCUUGGCCAGUUCACAGUCCCACAUCAGUCAGUGGACAGGAUUUCCCUGUGCGGCUACAACCCGGAUCCCGGCUAUCGAACCGAAAGCGGUGGGCAAGAAUCCUGCGAGGCUUAAAACAUACAUGCAAGUUCUUGCCGAAAAGGGGUUCAUCCUUGGCAUGGAUAAUCCCUUUUGUGAGCGAGACUUUCCCAUCAUAUCACUGCCUGAUCGCCCUGGAGUGCCUGGAUGGACAAGACGAACUCGAGAGGCUCACGCGCAGGACGGAAUCGAGUCUCCACCACUGCCCACACGCACGCCCACACCCACACCACACGCGAUUCAGGACUUCGGCCGCCGGGGUGUUAAUAGCUUCUCGUCCAAUGGGCACCCUCCCGCCUGCCAACCCCGACAGGGAUCUUCCCAGGCUCUUCUCUAG